AUGGGUCGCGUCCGCACCAAGACCGUCAAGAAGGCGUCCCGCGUCAUCGUCGAGAAGUACUACUCUCGCCUGACGCUCGACUUCGACACCAACAAGCGCAUCGCCGAGGAUGUCGCCAUCAUCCCCUCCAAGCGCCUUCGCAACAAGAUCGCCGGUUUCACCACUCACCUCAUGAAGCGCAUCCAGCGUGGCCCCGUGCGCGGCAUCUCCCUCAAGCUUCAGGAGGAGGAGCGUGAGCGCCGCAUGGACUUCGUCCCCGACGAGUCUGCGCUCGCGGUGGAGACCAUUGAGGUUGACCGUGACACCAUGGACAUGCUCAAGUCUCUCAACAUGGCUAACCUGCCCGGCGUGA